UGAAACAUGUUCUAAUCGUUGUAACGUUGAACGACGGACCUAUUUUCACAACACUACAAAGACUCCAGUCAAGAUAUUAACUUAAAGGAGCUAAAUAUAUACUGUGCAGUUGCUUGUUUUAUUUUUUCAAUCAAAUGUAUUGGGGAUGUAUUUGUUGCUGUCGCCCCUGGCAGCCAAACGACACGAAGAUGAUCCCUUACUGGGGAUGAUGACGCGCUGAGCACAUUGGCGCGGAAGUUUGUUUGGUAACUGCGCUGUCUGAGCUCCUGACAUCAACGUAUGUUUUACUAUUAUCAUCCCUAGAGAUGAUGCGCAAAAAGCGGCAAUCUGUGGAUAAGGGAGAGGGAGCUACUGCGGCAACAAAGGCUAAGAAGAGUCGCAGCACUGGCCGCCAGCCAAAAGAACCUGCUCCUGAAGAGACAAAUGAAAGUGUCUUUGGAGUCUUUCUUCGAGAGGCAGGUGUCACCUUGAAACAAGAUGGCACAUUCAAUGAGAUUGCUGUUGACCAAGUGGUUUUUCAAAAAAGGAUCAAGCAAAAACUACAGAAGAGUCCCAGAUACCCCGGGAUUGUGCAGGAGUUCACCUCUGGAUUGGAGUCUCACAUUGAGGACCCUGAGCGGUUUAGGAACAGCCUCCUCCCGUGUGUCCCGCAGUUGUCUGAUGGAGACUCGAGUUGUGCCAGCUCAUUCCAGGAAAGCCUUGUCCGCAUGCUCUUGGGGAUCGAGAUGCUGCAGACGGUCGUCAUUAACAUCUUGCUUGAGAAACUCCCAGAAUUUAUGUUUGAUGGCACUGGAGAUGUAGGGCUCAGUAUCCCUCGCAUAAUUAUCAACCAGCUUAAAUGGCUUGACAGAGUUGUGGACAGCAAGGAGUUGGCAACGAAGCUCAUGGAGCUGGUGUCAGCGGCGCCGGUGGAGGUUCAGCGUGACAUCAUCACCAGCCUGCCAGAGAUACUGGAAGACUCUCAGCAUAAUGAUAUAGCCAGAGAGCUCAACUCUUUACUGCAGGAGAACACUCAGUUGACCGUCCCCAUCCUGGAUGCCCUCUCAAGUCUGAACGUCAGCUCCUUAUUACUGACUGAGGUUCGAGGAGCCGUUAUGGCCACUUUGGCUGCCGUGCAACUGGAAGACCUACCUGUGGUGGUGAAGUUCAUCCUGCACGCUGUCUCAGCUUCUGAUGCAUAUGAGGUGGUGUGUAAUCUUCGUAAAAAGCUGGAGUUGGAGCACUGUGUCCUCCCUCCUGUGCUGCAGGCCACCCAGAGUCGCAUUAAGAGCAAAGGAUCAGCAGCGUCCACUUCCGCACCAGCAGCUGGCAGCAGUCAGGACAGCGUUACAUUGAUCUUGGACGGCAUCAAGUCAGCAGUCCGAUUCCAGAAAACGAUAUCUGAAGCUUGGAUCAAGGCAAUUGAGUCUGUGGACGAACCAGAGGACCACAAGGUGAUCGACUUGCUGGUGCUGUUCAUCCUCCACUCCACCAAUGCCAACCAGAGCCGACGGGGGGCAGAGAGGGUGCUGAAGGUUAAAGUGAGGACAGGACUGAUCCAGGAAACUCUCCUCCAGAGGACCUUCAGGGACUACUCUCAGGUGAUGCGAGGGUACUUCGCCUCCAUCCUGGCUCUGGCUCAGACUCUGCUGCGCUCCCCUGACCCCUGUGUGGUGCCUUUCGCUGGACACAUGUACCGACACUCGUUCACUGCUUUUGACUCUUACUGCCAACAAGAAGUGGUGGGCUCUUUAGUGACCCAUGUGUGCAGUGGUGUGGGUGGAGAGGUGGACAUGGCUCUGGAGCUGCUCUGCGGCCUGGUUACAGAGAAGCCCUCUGAAAUGGCUCUGUAUGCUGUUUUUGUCAAGGGGAUCUUGGACUACAUGGACAAUCUCACACCCCAGCAGAUCCGCAGACUCUUCCACCUCCUCAGCAGACUGGCCUUUGGGCAACAGCAGCAGGGAUCUCACAUCCAGGAUGACAUGCACAUAGUGAUCCGCAAACAGCUCUCCAGCACCGUGCCAAAGUACAAGCGUAUCGGCAUCAUCGGUGCAGUCAUGAUUGUAGGCAGCAUGGGGGCCUUGAGGGUAAAUGGGAAAGAGGUAAAGCAGAAUGGGUCGUUACCUCCGGAGACAUUCAGACAGGUGAUAGCACUGUUGGAGCUGUUGAAGUCGAGCAGCGAAAGCUCACCUGAGGCUACGGCUCUGUACUACGAUGAACUGGCCAACCUGAUCCAGAGCACCACCCUGGACCCGCAGGUCCAGGAAUCCAUUGUAAACAGUGUCGUAGAUGACUUCCAGGCCGACUUUGUUGUGGAUGUAGAGCCAGAAAUAUCGGGCUCCUUUCCCUUUCCGGCCCAUGUAAUGUACAACCUGGAGGACCAGAGCAAGGAAGGCAUCGCCAUCAACCUGCUGCCUCUGCUGGCUGAAGACAUCCAGAACAAAGAGAAACAGCAGAGUCAAACGCAGAAGUCACACAAGCGAGUGUCUCCUCUCUGUCUGUCUCCGUUCUUUCGCCUCCUGAGACUCUGCGAGGAAAAGCAGCACCAUGGAGACCUCGAGGAGAUCGACGGCCUGCUGGGCUGCCCUCUGAUCCUAACGGACAUGGACAUAAUGGAGAAAAUGGAGAGCCUGUCAAAGGCUGAGAGGGAGUUUCUCUGUUCUUUGCUGUUUCACACCAUCAACUGGUUCAGAGAGGUCAUAAAUGCCUUCUGUACACAAAAAGAACUUGAGAUGAAGAUGAAAGUGAUGACUCGUCUGCAGAACAUCACCUACCUUCAGACGCUGUUGGAGAAGGCGUUGGCAGCGACACCUGGCUAUGUUCCACCUGUCGCCAACUUUGAUGGUGAAAGCACAGAUGGGAUUAUCCCUAGUUCUAAUGCUCCGAUGAAUAAGGCAAAGAAAGAUGGCACGGGGAAGAAGAGGAAGGCCUCUGGUAAGAAUUCAUCAGAGAGCAGCUCUCAGCUCGAGGAGGGAACUGAAGUGGACAAAAGUCUGCAGGAGCCGCCAGAGAAGGAGAAAGAAAAGGAGAUCCGACCGGGUGUCAGCCUGGUGUCCUACAGACCGUUCUUCAGAGAGCUGGACACCGAGGUUCUCAGUAUGCUGCAGUGUGGCCUGCUGUCCCGCUCAGUGCUGGACUCUGAGCUCCACACCAAGGUGCGAGAGGAGGUUCUGCUGGGUUCUGCUGAGCUUGUUUUCCUGCUAGCAGAUAUGCAGCGCAAACUGGAGUUCAGUCUUACAGCCGCACCGGCAAAGAGAGCCCCUUUCUUGAAGGGAAGGACUGAUAAGAGUGUGGGCUUCUCCCAUCUACAACAGAGGAGCUCCAAGGAUGUUGCCUCCUACUGUGUCCAGCUACUGCCGGCCCUCUGCUCACACCUGGAGAACUGCCACAACCAUUUUCAGACACUGCUGUCCGAGAACAACGGCAUGAUGGACGGACCUGCCACAGAUGCUCAUGAGCACGAGCUGAUGUCAUCAGGCUACCAGCUGCUCCUGCAGGUCCUGAACACCACCUUCAGCUGGUCUGGAUUCAGCCAGCCAGGACAGCGGAGCUUACUGAAGAAGGCUCUAGGAGUUCUCGCUGGACGACUAAAAGAGGGUGGUGCUGAACUGACCCUGGAACAACUUGUAAAACACAGCUUUGAGUACCUGCUGAACUUCCGUAGCACGGUGCCAAGUCUCAGCAUUGCCCUGUGUCUCUCCCAGCUUCUGUCCACUGUGUCAGAGAAAGGAGGGAACCCUGCUGCCUACAGAGAGCAGACCGCUUCACUCGCAAAACGUUUCCUGAGUCAAGAGUGGGUGACAGCCAGCGGCGAGAGGGAGCGAGGGAGCAAAUUCAAUGAAGUCCUUCACUCUGUCUUAAGCAUCUACCUGGAACAUGUUGAUGAUGUUAUUAAGGCUGUGGAGGAAAUAACUGGAAAGGGAAUCCCUGAGCUCCUCAGUGCAUCAAAAGAUGAGAGCUCUUCAUCUUGGCCUACGCUCAACAGACAGACAUUCCCGGUGUUCUAUAAAGUGUUGAUGGCAGAGCUGGAAAAGGCUACAAGGAAGAUUCCUGCUGUCAAACUCUGUGACAGCUCUGAGACUCAGCGUGAGAAGCUGCUGAAAUGGAGCCUGGCGGUCAGAGAUUUUCAUAUGCUGCUCAACCUAGUUAAGGUGUUUGAUUCUAGGCUGGUGCUCAAUGUGUCCUUAAAGUACGGUCGCCUUUUCCUGGAGUCUUUCCUGAAGUUGGCGAUGCCACUGCUGGACAACAGCUUCAAAAGGCACAAGGAUGAUGUCCAGAACCUGCUAAAAACCUUCCAGCUCAGCACCCGCCAGCUCCAUCACAUGUGUGGACACUCUAAGAAUAGUCAGGAUACAAGCCUGACCAACCACGUACCAGCCUUGAAGAAGAGCCUGGAGCUGUUUGUUUACAGAGUGAAGGCCAUGCUGACGCUCCACAACUGUCAGGAGGCCUUUUGGAUCGGAAACCUGAAGAAUCGCAACCUGAAGGGUGAAGAGAUUCUUUCUCAGAGGUCCCAAGAAAGUGAUGAAGAUGAUGAGGAGGUGCACCGGUCACCUCCGCAGCGGGAAGAGCCCGGCGAUGAGGUGGAGGAGAGUGACUCUGAGGAGAGUAAGAAGGUCAAUGGAAAGGACGAUGUGGAUCCAGGAGAUAGUACAGAAGACUCAGACUCCGACUAACAGAACAAUAAGCUGUUGGUUUUGAUUUUAAACAUUCUGUGGAUCACCAUAAAUUUAUUUUUUCAAAUGCCAGAAGAGUUUUAGUGUCUCUUGACAUGAACACUUUCUACAUGUAUUGACUACUGCUACUCAUUGUGCAGGUUAAAGGAUCAAUAAUUCAAAUAAAUAAUCACAAUUCUUGUAUUCUUAUGGCAGUUACUUUGUUAGCACAUUAAUUUACUCGUACAGGUUUUCCCUUUACUGUUUCAAGAUUAAACAUGCCUAAUAAUUAGGUGUUUUCACAGUAUGUUUCCAGAAAAAAAUGUGUUGUAUGUUUGAUUCUUGUUUGCCAGCAAAAUAAAAUACAGAUUGUUGAAGAGA